CAAAUUCAAGCCAGCUCCCACUCCUUUAAAGAACAAAUUUUUACCAUCCGAAUGAAAUGGAAGCAUUCAAAUUCAUAUCAAUGUUGUUUCUGUUUGCAACUCUACUGUUAAUAAUAUUUGGCUCUUGCUUUUGCUGCGCUGAUAUCAACAUGGAUUCUGACAAACAGUGUUCGAAAUCCGAUAGCUCCACAGCUGAGAACAAUUUCCAGACUAAUCUGAAGAACCUUCUGGAUUCUCUCACCCAAAAUGGGCCUCUUCUAAAUGGCUUCUACACCACCUCCGCCGGAGACAGAUCCGACCAAAUCUUCGGUCUUGUACAAUGUAGAGGCGACAUUUCUCCAGACAACUGUGGUAGCUGCAUCAAGAACUCCUCUGAUUUUGCCCUGUCUUAUUGCCCUGAAAGCAGAGAGGUUGUGCUGUGGUUUACAUGGUGUUUUCUUCGGUAUUCCACUGAAAACUUCAUUGGGGUUUUGGGUCUAACUUCUGUGGCACUUUCAAAUGACACCAAUUAUGAUGACCCAUCUGUGGUUUCAAAUGGGCUCUCUCUGAUGAGUGGUUUGGCUUCCUCUGCCCCAAAUCAGCGCCUGAUGUUUCAAACUGCUGUGUUGAAUGCUGGGCAGAGAGGGAAGAGAUAUGGGAUGGCUCAGUGUACUAGAGAUAUCAGUGCGAGUGAUUGUGCUCAGUGCCUCAACUCUCAACUAGAAACCUUCAGGACAACCAUUGGAAGUAAGAAAGAUUGGGAAAUAUAUGGAUUCAAUUGCUUUAUGUGGUAUCAUGAUCAUCAGUUUUACUUCAACUACAGUGUUUCAACUAGUGCAGGUGGAAGAUGCCUUUUUUCUGAAGGUGGCAGAACAGUUUGCAUAUCAAUUACAGUGCUGAUGCUUUUGAUGAUUCUCUAGCAGCUGAAAGUUGGCACAUUUUUUUCUCUACUCCUUGGCUUGGUCUUUGUUCUUUUGCAUUCUUCAUUAUAGAUCCUACUUGUAUUUAACUUGUAAAGCUAACCAAAGUCAGAAGUUUCUUUCAUUUCUUUUGGUCAUUUUCUGUCUUUCUGGAUUGGUCUUGGCUACUGCGUUCCAUUGUUUUGGUUAUUGAAAUCGAUGUAAACAUUCUGUUUAUCUUUGUAAAUUGGUGAGA